AUGAUACCACUCAGUGGUAUCCUCUGGCUAACAUGCUUCCUCGCUGUCCCCUCGGCGGUACUCGCAGCCCCCCAACCUCUACCUCUGCCCGCCACGGGCACCUCAGUAUCCACCGCCGCCACCGCCGCCCAACCCUCAGACAUAUCAACCUGCAUCCGCCAGGAACCCUCCAUCAAAGCCUUCUUUGUAAUGGGCUGCGGCAAGCCCAUAACCAUCGACCGUCUCGACCCCAUCAUCUCCCCCGGCCUUCCCUCCGCCCACCUCCACACAGUAAUGGGCGGUUCCGCCUUCAACUUCUCUCUCACCUACGCCCAAACCCAAGCCCACCACGUGCGCACCACGUGCGCCGUCUCCCGCGACAAAUCCAACUACUGGGUGCCAACCGUGUACUUCCGGCACGCCAACGGCUCGCUCGAGUCCGUGCAGCAAGUCGGGGGAAUAAAUGUGUAUUACCAGGAACGGCUCGACUGGACCGAUUACUGCGCCGGUAAAGAAGUGUUGGCUUUUCCUGAGGGGUUUAGGAUGAUAGCAGGCGAUUCGGCCCGGAGGACGUAUGACGAAAAUAGUGUGGAGCAGAGGGGGAUUCAGUUUAUUUGUUUGUUGACGGAUGGGCAAGAGGGGCUGGACCCGUUUCGUGGGUUUCCUGGUAGGACUUGUGAUGGGGGAUUGCAGAUACGGAUCAGGUUUCCUUCUUGUUGGGAUGGGGUUGGGUUGGGGGGUUUUGAGGGUGGUGAUGAUGAUUCUGAUUCUGACGAUGACGGUAACGGCAACGGUAACUCAACAGCAACGACACCAGCACCAAAAUCAGCAUACAACGGCUCCCACGUCGCCUACCCCUCGCGCGGCGACACAGGCGAAUGUCCCCCCACUCAUCCCUUCCGUAUCCCGGCGUUACUGUACGAAAUGACCUGGGCUGUGGACGCUUUUAAUCACCUGCGCAAUCUCACUUCUCCGGAAUCACCGUAUGAUAAAGGAGAACAACCCUUCGUCUUCUCCAACGGCGACAAAACCGGGUACGGCUACCACGCCGAUUUCUUCAACGGGUGGGACGUUGACCUCCUGCAAAAGGCGCUGAGAGACGAGAGCUGUGGGGAUAAUGGUGGACGGAUCGAGACUUGUGAGACGUUCAAGGAGUUUCUGCAGAGUAGCGAGGAGAUGAAUCUGGUGGAGGAGUUGGAGCAGAAAGUAACAGGGGAGGGGGAGCAGUGGGAGGGGGUGUUGGAGGGGGGAGUGCUGCCUGGGGGUGUUAGGGUUGAUGGGUAG